UCUGUUCAGCUCGGAGAUCCAGCGCGUGUCCAGCCAUGCCAAAACGAAUACUUCCCCUGUCAACUCUGUGAAGGGUAGUGAUAGUGGCACAACGCCCCAAGGUGAACUAGGCUUAAGGUUACAACACAUUUGUUGUUUUUACUUUUUCCUAACCCUGAAAUAAAGUUAUUCCUUUUUGGUGCACUCGCGUUUUCUGCAGUGAAUUUUAGCGCAACCUUUCACCAUUGCUUCCCAAAGCAAAACUGACUUUUUAGCGCUUGUUUCUCGGACUCUCCAGAGGAAGCGUGUCGUUGCUGCUGUGGUUGGCAUCGUCAUGGUGUUAGCACUUAUCAUAGCGAUACCGCUGCUGGUCCAAGCGUCCAAGACAGACGCGCACUACGAGAUGAUGGGCACCUGUCGGAUGAUAUGUGAUCCAUACAACCCCAAACCCAGCGCCAAUGCUCUGGAAGUCAUGCGGGACCUGAGCGCCAUACCACCCCCGGCAUUCUCGCAUGGGACUAAAGGCGAGCCGGGUCGGCCGGGGAAACCCGGACCGAGAGGUCCGCCCGGCGAACCGGGUCCACCGGGUCCAAGAGGACCGCCGGGGGAUAGGGGGGACUCGGGGAAACCGGGCUAUCCCGGGCAUACCACGGGAGAGACGGUGGAGGGGACUGUGAGCAGUGCCAGGACCGAAAAUGGUGAGGACCUAGGCUCCGCAAUUGGCGGCACAAAAAUCGCUUUUUAUGUGGGUCUUAAAAACCCCCACGAGGGAUACGAGGUGCUAAGGUUCGACGACGUGGUGACAAAUCUAGGGAACCAUUACGACCCGUCUACCGGCAAGUUCACGUGCCAAGUGUCCGGGAUCUACUACUUUACAUACCAUGUAUUAAUGCGCGGAGGCGACGGGACAAGCAUGUGGGCAGAUUUGUGCAGAAACGGACAGGUCCGCGCCAGUGCGAUAGCCCAGGACGCAGACCAGAACUAUGACUACGCCAGCAACAGUGUGGUGCUUCAUUUAGACUCCGGGGACGAGAUCUACAUCAAGCUGGACGGAGGCAAGGCCCAUGGGGGAAACAACAACAAGUACAGCACGUUUUCCGGUUUCAUUUUGUAUCCGGACUAAACCGCUUCCCAGACAUGCAGGGAUGUGAACUCUACUAUCAUUAUUAGACUCUAUCAUACCUAGAGCAAGUUGCGCAUUGUUCGGGCGCCACUGUAAGCGGCUGUGCGUCAUCUGUUUGUAUUUGGGGGGUUUGGGGCGCAAAGACAUGCCAACCGCCCAUAUACAGAGGACAUUUCCGUGUGAUGUGAUAUUUUUUGCUUGAACGUCUGUCUCUGUUUCCACUCAAGAUAUAGCCUACUAAGAUAUCUAUGUAUCAAAAAUAAGUCAGAUGUCAUAUGUAUUGUUCCACAAAGGACCGAAAGUUACUAAAUGUUUUAUGUCUUAGUAGCUUAUUCCAGUACAGUAAGUAUUUCAAUAAAUUCUGUUUUCUAUUA